GGUGAAUCCAUAAAAAUAUCAAUAAUAUCACUACUUUUUUGACAACCUUGGUAUUGGGGAGUUUGAGCCAUGUACUGUUUACUCAAAGAAAGCUCUGCGGUCGGUGAUCUGUGGCGUGCGGCUGCCAUCACUACUUUCCUUCCCUACGUGUGUGACGUAACUCUAUAAAAGAGCGGGCGUUGAAGACGCCGCCGCUAUAUCGUUUCCGCCAACCACGGCCACAGCGUCCCGACCACCGGCACUGAAGGACGCGGGCGGCACCUCUUCCGCCGGAUUUGUGACAGUUCCAUUAAUUCAAAAGAUACGAGAGAUGAGGUCGUUAUUGUUUUUGGCGGCUUUGUGCUGCUUAGUUAUUGCGGCGUGCGGAAGCCCUAUUUCGCGGCAGGAUGAUGAGCAGAAGGAAGUCGGGAGGCAAGCUGCGGCACCCGCUGCGCCAGCGGCUUCCGCUGACGAAGACGAAGAUGACGACGACGAUGAAGAUGACGAUGACGACGUAGAUCUUGCUCUUGGAGAUGACGAUGAUGAUGAUGACGACGAUGACGAUGAGGAAGAGGAUGAGGAAGAAGCAGAUGACGAUGACGAUGAAGACUACUUAGAGAGAUUCUUCGACGACAUCUUGGGAGAUGAUGAAGACGAUGAGGAUGAUGAACCAGCAGUUGCGGCUGUUCAGCCUAUAGUCGCACCCGCUGACACAGUAGCCGCUGCACCUGCUGCCGCUGCUUCCGAGGAAGCAGCUACGGUCGUGGAAGACGCCGAAGCGGCAGAAUCGGAAGCUGUCUCCGAAAGCGAAGAGCCUGAGGCGGGUCAGAAGGAGCCCGCUAGCGCAGAAGUCGAAUCAGUUUCUAGUGCUGAAACACCCGCCGCUGACGUUGAAGCUGAUGACGAUGAUGAUGACGAUGAUGACAUCACCGAUGCUCUCGGAGAGGAUGAUGAGGAUGAUGAUGAGGAGGAAGAAGAGGACGAUGACGAUGAUGACGACGUAUCUGACGUCCUCGGCAGGAACAACUCGGAAAAGCACGCACGCGCUUUGAGCGAGGCUACCACCAAGAAACCGAAAACGCCUGUACCCGCUAUCUACAUAGUGAAGUACAAUCGCUUCGUGGACAAUAUUUUGGAGAAAAUGAACGACGUUCUGAGGAAGUCCUACGACCCCGUGAGCGUGAAGUUGCAGCCGAUCGACGCUAGCAAGAAGAACUCGAAGCCAAAGAAAAACAAAACGAAGUCUAACAAGAAGAAAACAUCUCACAAAAAGAAGAAUACCCCUCGUACUGGUGAUAACAAAAUCAAGGACCAAUCUACAGAAGUUCCUGAAGCUGUUACAAAAUUUGAAGAAAAGCCUCAAAUGAUAGAAGAGUCCAGCAAUAUAGUAGCUGUUGAUCAAAAAACCGAGAAUGCAUCAGAAUCUCGCGCUCAUAAAGAAAAGAACGAAAGCUCGAAAGCCAAACCAACAACUAUUAAAACUAAACCUCCAACCAAAGUCACUAAGCCUAAACCAAAACCUCCAGUAAAGACCACUACUAAGAAACCAGUGAUUAAAAAUAAGAAUAAGACUAAAACUUCUGAGAAAAAUAAGCCCAGGGCUAAAGGCACACUAUAUGGUCUGUCUUCUUUAAGAAGAGUUGGAGACGUGAGUGUCAACAUAAUGACCAAUCGUACAAUGGUGAAAUCUAAAUUUGCUGUUGGACCCCUAAUUUUGAGAGUGGAAAAGGAGGUUGGUCGCGGUGCUAAGAAGGAGCUGAAAUCGGCAACGGCCACGACUGCAGAAAUGUCUGGAAAAAUUACUCUAAUGGUCAACAGUCAGGGAGUUGCAACGUUACACGCCAUCAAGGUUUUGCAACCGAAACAGGUUCGAGUAGACAGCAACCAUGAAAGGACCCGUGAGUUGGUUUGGCAGCGCAGUGCGAGGAUUGCCCACGUGGUGUCUGAGAAACUAUUUGCAGCAUCAAAACCCAUGUUUUUACAUAGCGUAGUUCAUCAGUAAACAUUAUUAGACUCCGUACUCCAAGCACGAACAGCUAGCAAGAAAGUAUUCGUAUGGUCAAGUCAAAGUUUCUAUGGAAAAAGUAAGAUUGUUCUUACGUUCGUUAGGGGCGCUGCUUAGUAUCCAAUUCCAUAGAAAUUUUGACGUUGGCCAUACGAACAAGGAUCGAAGGAUCUGUCAAAGUUCGUGGUUGGGGUACCGCCUAACAUUAUAAGGGUGUACUAAGCAAGAUAUAGAAUACUAAAGAUAGACUGCUCAAUGACUGGAUGAUUAAUUUAUUAUUAUCUUAUAUUGUAAGAUAGGAAAAUUAUAAGAGUUUAGGUACUUUUAGUCCCGUGAAAUUGUUUCUCACAGAUUUUUAUGUAUAUUUAAAAAAUAACUAAAUUGUGUAGGAUUCAAAUAACUGAUAAAAAAUUGGAAUAUAAUGGUGCUUUUUUAAUAUCAGUAUUUAAUAACAUUAUGAUUUAAUAGAUGUCAUUCACUCAUAUUAAGUUUACAAAAAGUAGCAAUUGUUAGGAUUUUCAUAAUGAAUGAUGACAUGACAAUCGAAAAUUUAGAAGAUGUGCCGUGAGCUUAAUAAAUGGAACCUCCACAUUGGAAAUAUCUACAUAUUAUCACAAAUGCAAUAAGAAUGAAUGACUGAACGACUUAGCUAAUUAAUGUAAUUCUUAUGUAUUUUAAAGUUCUACUACUUAAAUAAGUAUUAUGAUACUCAUUACUUUAGUCAGAAACUGCAUUUAUUAUUCCGUACCUACUUAACUAAUAGAUGGUGCUAAGAUUAGGUGACGUAUAGUAAUUUAUAUUCUUUUUUAAUUUAUAUAAUAAAAUACUUAUUUACAAUAUGUAUUUUUUU